AUGGAAGUUGAGGAGGGUAAGACUGUGACGCUACACUGUGAGCUGUCUAAACCUGCAUCCUCAGUGGAGUGGAAGAGGGGAGCACAGCUGUUGAAGAAUGUAGACAAGUACCAGAUGAAGAAGAAAGAUUUACUGGUGGAAUUGAAGAUUAUCGAUGCUAAUCUGGAAGACAGUGGGGUUUACACCUGCAUUUGUGGUGAACAAAAGACCACAGCCACUGUUACAAUAAAUGGUGGGUAUAUUUUGGUUAUAUUAUGGAGAUGUUGGAGAAAGCUUGAAUAUUGCAUUUGGCAAAUAGACUGUAUAUUUCAUCAGAAAGACACAAAUGCUUUCAAUUCCAGUUGCUUUUAAUAAAUAAGGGAAAUGUAGGUUUCAUAAAGGUUUGACAGCCCUCUACUAUGGCGUCUUUCAGCACGCCCCUUCACAUUUAUAGAAGAGCUGAGGAACGUUCAGGUUGAGGAGGGCAACAAUGUGACAUUGCGCUGCGAGCUCUCUAAACCAGGGAUGUUGGUAGAAUGGAUGAGAGGAACAGAUCUGCUGCGGAACGGAGAGAAGUUCCAGAUGAAGCAGAAACACGCAACGUUGGAGCUGAUCAUCAGGAAAACCAUACCUGAGGACAGUGGAGUCUACAGCUGCGUGGUGGAAGACCAGAAAACGUUUGCCACCAUCGUUAUCACUGGUAGGAGGAGAAACACUGUUGAAUAAUAUGUGCAAUCCUAGAAGCAGUUGAUGUCACAAUAUGUGUUUCUAUCCUUCAGCCGUCCCAGUCACUUUCAAGCAGAAACUAAAGAACCAAGAGGCCCUGGAGGAGGGCAGUGUGACGUUGCGCUGCGAGCUUUCUAAAUCAGGAGUCUCUGUGGAAUGGCUGAAGGGAGAGGAGCUGCUGAGGGAAGGGGAGAGGUACCAGAUGAAACAGGAAGGGAAGACUGCUGAGAUGGUCAUCAGGAACGUGGUCCUGCAGGACGCUGGGGAGUAUAGCUGUGUCACCGCCUGCAACGUCAAGACAACAGCUGACAUCAAAGUUAGGGGUAUGGUCUUUGCUAAUGUGUACUACAUACUAAUAUAUUGAUAUACUGUUUAUUCUUCUAAGGUUGUUGGCAAGUGUGUUAUUCUGAAAAUCUAAAUAUCUUUGAAUAUCAUUUCUGGAUUGUGCAUUGGAUGACACCAAGUACAUUUUCCACAAGGGGACAUGGAGGGAUACACAUGAGAUUAAUCAUGACGCCUUCCUGUCAAAUAAUCUGUCAGAGUAUGGAUAGAAAUCCAAGCAGUUGAGCCAGAUAAUGUCUCAGUCUUAAAUACAUAUUCUUCUCAGCCCUCCCUGUAACAUUCACACAAGAGGUCCAGAACACGAUGAUCAAAGAGGGGGACAGUGGGGAGUUCUGGUGUGAGCUCUCCAAGCCUGGAGCCCCAGUGGACUGGAGGAAGGGGAGAGUCAUCCUGAAGUCUGGAGACAAAUAUGAGAUAAAGCAGGAGGGACGCAUCACUAAACUGUUCAUCCAUGACGUGGACGAGAGUGACGCUGGGAAAUACACCUGCAAGACUAAAGACGCCCAGUCAACUGCUGAGCUGACCGUGAAGGGUGAGUCACACUGAUGAUAGUACUACACUUUGUAUAACAUUUGUAUCAUCCCAGUUGUUGUUAUAUGUAUGCAACAACAAUAUAGUGUAUAAAUACCAGAGAUGUGUUAUAACAUGUACUUUGGAUCUGCUUGCAGUUUCUUAUAUUUCAUGGGUCCAUGCAAUCCCUCUUAGUUUGACACGUUUCCACUAUAGGGACUUUAGUUUGUACAUGUUUUAGAGUCGACAAUUUAUUUGUUUGCUGUCCCCAGCUCCUCCCAUCACGUUCAAGGUGAAGUUGAAGAACCAGGAAGUUGAGGAGGAGAACAGUGUGACGUUAUUCUGCGAGCUCUCUAAACCAGGACUGAUGGCAGAGUGGAGGAAGGGAGAGGAGCUGCUGAAGAAUGGAGUGAGGUACCAGAUAAAGAAGAGAGAGGCAACGAUGGAACUGACCAUCAGGAAAGCAGUGCUCGAGGACACCGGAUUCUAUAGCUGUGUUUACGCAGAAGCCAAAACCACCGCCACUGUCAACAUCAUCGGUAAGAAGAGAUGCUCUUGGUUUCUUAAGGGGAGGUCAUGUAUUUUAUUAUAGUAAAUAAAGAAAAAAGGUAAUUUAGGAGGACGGGCACCCUCUGUUCAGCCUGGUUUCUGUUAAAGGGAUAUUUCACUCAAAAACAAUAAUUUGCUUACUUUUGCUGCUCUGUACUGAAAGUGCUCUAUCUCUUCAAAUCAAUUGCUGACAUGCAUACUUUUUUUGUGAUUGAAUUAACAUUGGUAUCUUUGUGACAUCUUUGUAAAAGUACUAAAAAUGAUUGGUUUUGAUCUCAUGUCCUCAGCCAUACCUGUCACCUUCAAAAUGGGUCUGAAGAACCAAGAGGCCCCAGAGGGGGGCAUCGUGAAGCUGUGCUGUGAGCUGUCUAAGGCUGGGGUCCCGGUGGAGUGGUGGAAAGGGGAGGAGGAGGUGAGCCCUGGAGGAAGAUACCAGAUGAAGCUGGAGGGAAAGAUAGCGGAGAUGCACAUCAAGAACAUCCAACCAGAGGACGUGGGGGAGUACAGCUGUAUAUUCGGAGAUCAGAAGACUACUGCUGAAGUCAACGUGAGAGGUACUGUACAUGUUACUGUUGUCUGGCUGUCAUUUCUGUUGAAUAGGAAAGGAUGGGCCUCCCCAACAACUGUACCAAACUGUAAUAGAAUACACAAUAAAGCAAGAGAUCAAUGCAGCUGGUCUCUCUAUGAAUAAAACAAUACAUAUCUAUUCUAGAACAGUGUUUUUUCAUAACAGACAAAUUGUAACAUAUACAGUAUCGUACUGUAUAGGUAGCAUAGUGCAAUGGCCCCGAAGCACAAUACAUUUUCUGAUGAUGUCCAUCUCUGGUCCGGACAGCUGCUGCAUCAGUCUUCUUUGAGAAGGAGCUGGAGAGCAAGGUGGUGAUGGAGGGGAAGUCUGUGGUCCUUUCCUGUGAGGUCUCCAGUGUUACCGUCCCCGUCACCUGGAGGAAGGACUCCUGCCUGGUCACAGAUGGGGAGAGGUUCACUUUGAAGAAGAAAGGCUCUGUCCACACCCUGGAGAUCAGGAUGUUGAGUCUGGAGGACGCUGGGGAGUACAGCUGCAUCACCAGAGGAAAGAAGACCACAGCCAUGCUGGUUGUGAAAGGUAGGCCAACCCCAUCCUACACUCUUAGAAAAAAGAUUUCCAAAAGGGUUCUUCUGCUGUCCACAUAGGAUAACACUUUUUGGCUCCACGUAGAACCCUUUUUGGUUUCAGGUAGAAUGGGCUACAAGACCAUCGCCAAGCAGCUUGGUGAGAAGGUGACAACAGUUGGUGCGAUUAUUCGCAAAUGGAAGAAACACAAAAGAACUGUCAAUCUCCCUCGGCCUUGGGCUCCAUGCAAGAUCUCACCUCGUGGAGUUGCAAUGAUCAUGAGAACGGUGAGGAAACAGCCCAGAACUACACGGGAGGAUCUUGUCAAUGAUCUCAAGGCAGCUGGGACCAUAGUCACCAAGAAAACAAUUGGUAACACACUACGCCGUGAAGGACUGAAAUCCUGCAGCGCCCACAAGGUCCCCCUGCUCAAGAAAGCACAUAUACAGGACCGUCUGAAGUUUGCCAAUGAACAUCUGAAUGAUUCAGGGGAGAACUGGGUGAAAGUGUUGUGGUCAGAUGAGACCAAAAUCGAGCUCUUUGGCAUCAACUCAACUCGCCGUGUUUGAGGAGGAGGAAUGCUGCCUAUGACCCCAAGAACACCAUCCCCCCGUCAAACAUGGAAGUGGAAACAUUAUGCUUUGGGGGUGUUUUUCUGCUAAGGGGACAGGACAACUUCAUCGCAUCAAAGGGACGAUGGACGGGGCCAUGUACCGUCAAAUCUUGGGUGAGAACCUUGACAAUGGGUCGUGGAUGGGUAUUCCAGCAUGACAAUGACCCAAAACACACGUCCAAGGCAACAAAGGAGUGUUAUGACUUAACUGGAUAGAACCCAAAUGCAGACAAGUACACCAAGCCAGAUAAGAUUUAACAGGUUUAUUAUAAUGUUCAAUCGUCCAGGUUUCCAAUUAAUGGGGAAGAGCAAGUCCAGGUUACAGGGAGGGUAACAGAUCCAGGUCAGGGCAGGUGUGGUACCGUAAUGUCCUAGUGUCCGUGGUGAGUCCAAAGGAGAGGUCCGAUAGUGGAGAGCAGGAUGGUGGUGGCAGGAGUGAAGCGGAGGCAGGAGUCAGGUUCCAAAUAUCUGUGGCACAGGAGAAAAAGUAAAUAGACAGGCCAAAAACACAAGAGCGAAAACAGACAGGUUGAGUCGGCAGCGAGACUAACAUGGUCGUCUUGACUCUGAUCUGACGAUGAGUGGAAAGUUUGACCGGGUCUUAAAGGCUGAGGUGAUUAUGGUGAAUGAGCUGCAGCUGGAACCCUGACUCCCGCACACCAGACUUCACUCCUGCAAUCAAGGACAGACAGAGGGGAGGGGGAGAGCAGAGAGAGAGCUACCUAGCAGCAGUAGGCCUAACAAGGAGUGGCUCAAGAAGAAGCACAUUAAGGUCCUGGAGUGGCCUAGCCAGUCUCCAGACCUUAAUCCCAUAGAAAAUAUGUGGAGGGAGCUGAAGGUUCGAGUUGCCAAACGUCAGCCUCGAAACCUUAAUGACUUGGAGAAGAUCUGCAAAGAGGAGUGGAACAAAAUCCCUCCUGAGAUGUGUGCAAACCUGGUGGCCAACUACAAGAAACGUCUGACCUCUGUGAUUGCCAACAAGAGUUUUGCCACCAAGUACUAAGUCAUGUUUUGCAGAGGGGUCAAAUACUUAUUUCCCUCAUCAAUUUAUAACAUUUUUUACAUGGGUUUUUCUGGAUUUUUUUGUUGUUAUUCUGUCUCUCACUGUUCAAAUAAAUCUACCAUUAAAAUUAUAGACUGAUCAUGUCUUUGUCAGUGGGCAAACAUACAAAAUCAGCAGGGGAACAAAUACUUUUUUCCCUCACUGUAUCCUCAUUGAACUCACAAAAUUGAAGGAGCACAAUGAGUCUUUGUUUGGCCUCUUUUGAUAUGUGAUUAUUGUGGGUAGAGGAUGGGUUAUACCUUGAUGGAAGACCCUUACUUCUUUGCAUUCUUUUGAAUGGGUAAUCUCCUCUCUGUAUGGCUUGCUACAUUAUCCUGUAAAUAGUUAUCUUGAUCCUAACCCUUUCUCUAUAGAGCGUGUGAAGAUCUUGUCAGGACUGAAGGACAUUAAGAUCAUGGCCGGGCAGGACGCAGUGUUUGUGUGUGAGCUGUCCCACAAGGAGGUAAGCGAGGGCGAGUGGUGGCUGGGCUCAAGCCCCCUGCAGAAGAACGAAAUGAACCAGAUGAGCUGCCUGGGCCACCAGCACCGCCUGGUCCUGACCAUGACCACACCAGAGGAGACCGGGACCGUGACCUUCGUGGUCGGGGAAGAAAAGACCUCCGCCCAGUUGCUGGUGCUCCCCAAACCCAAAGGUUUGCCACCUCUUUUAAUAUUGUUGUAGUACAAUGUGAAUUAUACACUUUAAUCACUAAUAUGUGUAUGCAAUUAGAAGGUGUAUACUUAGUUUACUCUGUUUCCUGUCUUUGUCAGUACUCAUUGAAAAGAAGCCCUGGGACAUCGUCAUCAUGGAAGGGGAGACGGCCACAUUAUCCUGUAUGACAUCUGACCUCUUUACCCCUGUCACAUGGAGAAGGAACAAUAUGCCCCUCCUGAACGGAGACAAGUAUGAAACGCGUAAGGAGGGAAAACUCAACCUGCUGCUCAUCCAUGAGACCGAACCAGGGGACUCUGGGAUAUACUUCUGUGACACUGGAGACAUGCAGAGCAGCGCCAAUCUGACUGUCAACGGUAAGGAUUUCCAAUCAUUUAGAGAGAAGUAACAUAACCAGGAACUCAGGUUUAUCUCAGAGGGUUACAAUAUUCGGAAUUCUCUCUUUGCAUUACUCACCCUAACAUUGAUCAAAUGGAACAUAGAUUUCCAAUUCCCUAAUUGUCUCCUGUCUCUCCAGAGGUGCCUCCAUACUUUGAGGAGGAGCUGCAGGCUGUGGAGGCUGAGGAGGGGGGAACGGCCUUCCUGACCUGUGAGCUGUCUAAGCCUGCAGUCCCAGUCCAGUGGAGGAAGGGCCGGCUACCUCUCAGGCCCAACAGGAAGUACCAGAUGAAGCAGGACGGCUGUGUGUUUCAGCUACACAUCCUGGAGCUGAAGAAAGAAGACGGUGGGAGCUACACGUUCCAGGCAGGUGGUAUAGAAACCACAGCCUCUGUGUCUGUGAAAGGUAUGUGUGGUUGGUUGUGUAAUAUCACACACCUGCUGCAUGUAGAGAAAUCCCAUCUCAUCACAGUCAUAUUCAGUGCAAGCAAAAAAUAAUAAACACUAGUAUUUGUGUAGUGUACACAUUUUUGGAGAGUUGUUUUUCCUCUGUGUCCAGUUAAGGUACUCAUUGAGAAGAAGCCACGGGACACCGUCAUCAUGGAAGGGGAGACGGCCACCCUAUCCUGUUCGACCUCUGACCUCGUUACCCCGGUCACAUGGAAAAGGAACAGGAUGCCCCUCCUGAACGGAGCCAAGUAUGAGAUGCGUAAGGAGGGCAAACUCAACUUGCUGCUCAUCCAUGAGACCGAACCAGGGGACUCUGGGAUAUACUCCUGUGACACUGGAGACAUGCAGAGCAGCGCCAAUCUGACUGUCAACGGUAAGGAUUUCCAAUCAUUUAGAGAGAAGUAACAUAACCAGGAACUCAGGUUUAUCUCAGGGUUUACAAUAUUUGGAAUUCUCUCUUUGCAUUACUCACCCUAACAUUGAUCAAAUGGAACACAGAAUUCCAAUUCCCCAAUUGUCUCCCGUCUCUCCAGAGGUGCCUCCAUACUUUGAGGUGGAGCUGCAGGCUGUGGAGGCUGAGGAGGGGGGCACGGCCUUCCUGGCCUGUGAGCUGUCUAAGCCUGCAGUCCCAGUCCAGUGGAGGAAGGGCCGGCUACCUCUCAGGCCCAACAGGAAGUACCAGAUGAAGCAGGACGGCUGUGUGUUUCAGCUACACAUCCUGGAGCUGAAGAAAGAAGACAGUGGGAGUUACACGUGCCAGGCAGGUGGUAUAGAGACUACCGCCUCUGUGGCUGUAAAGCCUUUCUCAGAUAAGGCAGAUCCUCCCAAGGCAAUUCCUCCCACAAAGGCUCCCACGAAGGCUGCCUCUCCCACUUCUCCACCCGAAGAGGCCCAACCUGGCCCUCUAGAGCGAAGGAAACGGGGCAUGACCCGGUCAUCCAUUGUGGAGUCAGAGGAAGACCUGGAGCCUGAGGAAAAAGAGACAGCGGUAGACCAGCAGGAGAAACAGUCAUUAAGGUCUAUGGGUAAGGAGACUAAGGUAGACCAGCAGGAGAAACAGUCAUUUGGGUCUAUGGGAAAGGAGACAGCGGUAGACCUGCAGGAGAAACAGUCAUUAAGGUCUAUGGGUAAAGAGACAGCGGUAGACCAGCAGGAGAAACAGUCAUUAAGGUCUAUGGGUAAAGAGACAGCGGUAGACCAGCAGGAGAAACAGUCAUUAAGGUCUAUGGGUAAGGAGACUAAGGUAGACCAGCAGGAGAAACAGAAAGUGAAACAGCCAGUAGGUAUGGUGAAGGAUAACAUAGCAGAAAAUACACAGAAACAGCUAGUACCACCACUGAGGUCUAAAGGGAAGGAGGCAACUAUGGUGAAGGAGACACAGAUGGACCAGCCGGAGAAAGAGCCAGUGAAACAGCCAGUCAGAGCUAUAGUGACGGACACAGAGGAGAAAAAGUAUAUGGUGAAGAAGACUGAAAUAGACCUGUUGGAGAAAAAGAUGAAAGAGGUUGGGGUACACCAGGUGGUGAAACAACCAGUUCCACCAGUGAGACGAGCAUCUAUAGUGUCGGAUGCUGGGAUAGACGAGAUGAGGAAGCAGCCAGUUCCACCAUCAAGAAGAGCAUCUGUUGUUUCAGUUUCGGAUGCUGGGGUAGACAAGGUGAGGAAACAGCCAGUUCCACCAUCAAGAAGAGCAUCUGUUGUUUCAGUUUCGGAUGCUGGGAUAGACGAGAUGAGGAAGCAGCCAGUUCCACCAUCAAGAAGAGCAUCUGUUGUUUCAGUUUCGGAUGCUGGGGUAGACAAGGUGAGGAAACAGCCAGUUCCACCAGUGAGAAAAGCAUCUGUUGUUUCAGUUUCGGAUGCUGGGGUAGACGAGAUGAGGAAGCAGCCAGUUCAACCAUCAAGAAGAGCAUCUGUUGUUUCAGUUUCGGAUGCUGGGGUAGACGAGGUGAGGAAACAGCCAGUUCCACCAGUGAGAAGAGCAUCUGUUGUUUCAGUUUCAGAUGCUGGGAUAGACGAGAUGAGGAAGCAGCCAGUUCCACCAUCAAGAAGAGCAUCUGUUGUUUCAGUUUCGGAUGCUGGGAUAGACGAGAUGAGGAAGCAGCCAGUUCCACCAUCAAGAAGAGCAUCUGUUGUUUCAGUUUCGGAUGCUGGGGUAGACAAGGUGAGGAAACAGCCAGUUCCACCAGUGAGAAGAGCAUCUGUUGUUUCAGUUUCGGAUGCUGGGGUAGACGAGGUGAGGAAACAGCCAGUUCCACCAGUGAGAAGAGCAUCUGUUGUUUCAGUUUCGAAUGCUGGGGUAGACGAGGUGAGGAAACAGCCAGUUCCACCAGUGAGAAGAGCAUCUGUUGUUUCAGUUUCGGAUGCUGGGGUAGACGAGGUGAGGAAACAGCCAGUUCCACCAGUGAGACGAGCAUCUAUAGUGUCGGAUGCUGGGGUAGACAAGGUGAGGAAUCAGCCAGUUCCACCAGUGAGACGAGCAUCUAUAGUGUCGGAUGCUGGGGAAGACAAGGUGAGGAAUCAGCCAGUUCCACCAGCGAGACGAGCACCUAUAGUGUCGGAUGCUGGGAUAGAGCAGAUAGUUAGAUCUAAAAAGGAGGAGAUAGAUAUAGAAGUAGACCAUCAGAACAAACAGUCAGUGAAGUCUAUGGUGAAGGAAACAGAUGAAGACCAUCAGGAGAAACAGCCAGUGAAGUAUAUGGUGAAGGAGACAGAGGUAGACCAGAGGGACAAACAGCCAGUAAGGUUUACAGUACAGGAGACGGAAAAACCCAAGAUUGCGGAGGAUGGUAACCAACUCCAUAUCUCAGUGGGUGAGUCCUUCACUGAGGCUCCCACCCAGGUAAGCGUCAACCAGAAGACCAGCAAGCCUGUAGUUGCUGUUGCUGGAGUUCCCAAGGGGCUCCAGAUGACUAAGCAAUUUGACGAGACUGAACCUGACAUGGAAAUCAGUGUUGAGGACGAACCUGAAAUGCUGGAAGCCGCCAUCAAGAUCCAGGCAGCUUUCAAAGGAUACAAGACUCGCAAAGAUAUGCGGCCAGUCUUCAAGCAGGUGUUCAAGAACCAGAACGUUGAGACCAACGGUACCAUCCAGCUAGCAUGCAUGGUGGAAGGGAAGCCCAACGCAGUACGCUGGCUGAAGAAUGGCCAGCAGAUCAUAGGAGACCAACGCCACCGCAUGAACACCUCAGAGGAUGGUGUCUGCACACUGGUGAUCAUCAACAUGUCAGCCAUAGACACUGGGGUCUAUACGUGUGAGGUGGUCAACAAGUUUGGUGUGACCUCAUAUAAUGGCAACAUUACCGUGGGUCAACCUCAAAAGCCUCCAUCCUCCACCCAGAGGCCUGCAGCCCCAGCACAGCCCUCCACCCCUUCUGUGCACCCAGUCCUGGCCUCUGUUGGCCCUCUCCAGCCAGCCCAGACCUCCACCUCUGGAAAGGAGACUAUGGGUUCUGUGGAGAGCGAGGGGAUCUCACUGUGGCAGGCCUACAACCUGACCGAGGAGGAUUCCCGCAUGACCCUGCAGGAGAGGAGGAGGGCCUCCCUCAUCGCCGCCAGCUCUAGUAAGUCAAGUUAUGAACAUGAUAGAUGUCCUUAGUAUGUGAACUGGGUCAUAUGCAGUAAUUGGGUCUGCCUUUGCUAGCUGUUUGGUUGAUAGACUGAAAAUAAUAUUUUAUUUUCUCUGUCUUUCCAGUGUCUAGUCCAUCUGACUACGACACAGCUCCAGAUUUCAUAGAGCCUGUUGACAUCAUCCCCAAAGAUCACCCCAGGUAA